GCUCUUUUAUUACAGAAUUGGUUCACUACUUUCCAACUUGGCUUUGACCCUACCUAUUUACAGUUAUAUGUCUAUGACACUCAGCAGAAACUAUCUGAUCAAACGAAUGCAAUUCCUAAUUUCAGUCUUAAUCUUGCAACUAUUCAAUUGUUAAAAAAUAUACUUGACAAAGUAAAUUCUUACAUUAUCAACUUCUGUCAUAUUUCAAGACUAUCUACCAAAUCUAUUAGAAAUUUAGCUAUAAUUAUUCGAGCUAAUAUUCCUGAACUUGAUUUAAGAAUAUAUAACACAUCAACUGCUUCACAGGUAGCAGCAGUUUGGGUUGAUGAUGAAGUGCCUUCUAAUGUAAUUCAAAAAUGUGAUAUUGUAUUACAUACAAAUAUGGACCAAUUGAUUCACAUUUCUGAAUUUAAUGGAUGCUAUGAACCUUUAGCAUAUCCAAUUAUAUUUUCUUAUAGUGAACAAGGCUAUACUUGUGACAAUAAUGUUGAAAAUUCGGAUCUUGAUAAUGAAAUUAAUGAAGUUUCGAAUGACAAUGAUAACAACAAUUCAGAGCCAGAAACUAACCAAACUAGAAACAAUGAAAAUUCUAGU